AUGUCGAGCGGGCUCGAGAAGUCGCUCUUCCAGCUCAAGUUCACGACGAAGCAGCUGCAGAAGCAGUCGAGGAAGGCGAGCAAGGACGAGACGACCGAGAAGGCCAAGCUGAAGAAGGCGCUGCAACAAGGCAACACGGAGGGUGCACGGAUCUACGCUUCGAAUGCGAUCCGGAAGAAGAACGAAAGCUUGAACCUGUUGCGGUUGUCGAGUCGGAUUGAUGCGGUCGCGAGUCGGGUCGAGACGGCGGUGACGAUGCGGCAGCUGACGGGAAGCAUGGCUGCGGUCGUGAAGAACAUGGACCGCGCGAUGCAGGACAUGAACUUGGAACGGAUCUCGGCGGUAAUGGAUAAGUUCGAGUCGCAGUUCGAAGACAUGGACGUCCAAACCGGCUACCUCGAAGGCACCCUGUCCUCCGACACAGCCAUCGCCGCACCCUCCGACCAGAUCGACCUCCUCAUGUCCCAAGUCGCCGACGAAGCGGGUCUCGAAGUUGCGCACGAGUUGCAGGGCAAGAGUACGGACAAGGUGCCUGUGCUGGAGGAGCAGAAGCAGGCGGUGACGGAGGAGCAGGAGGAUGCGCUGGCGCAGAGGCUGAGGGCGUUGCGACCUGCCAUGUCUUGA